AUGGGUAACUGCGUGACUGUAGAGGAGAUCCCGUUGAGUCCUACGAGCGGUAGCGGGCGCAAGGUGACUAACGGCAGCGGGGACGUGGGGAGGCGCAGCGGCAGCGGCAGCGGGGACGUGGGCAGCGCCUCGUCGGCAGCGCCCGCCGCGGUCCGCCAAAUCGAGAGGGCGGGGGAGGGGCAGGCGGCAGCGGUGGACAGCCUGGGGGCGGCGGCGUCAGUGUCAGCCCCCUCCCCAGCCACGGACGCGGGCAGCAGAGUCACGUCCGCGCGCGCGCAGAGUAGCUCCGCUGCCGCCAGAGGUACGGAUUCUAUAGUUGACAAUGAAUCGUCCCACGCCACGUCAGCAGCGCGCAGGGAGCGGGACAAGGGCGUGGAGCCGCCCAAGAUCCCCGCGCACCCCCUCGCGCUCCCGCCCAACGAGCUGCCGCCGCAGCAACCCGUGUCGCCUCAACCCGCUUCAAGGGGAGAGGGCGCAGACGGAGGGGCGGCUGCGGGCGUGGGGAGAGGCACUGGCGCAGACGCAGCCGCGCUGGCAGGCGCAGGCGCGGGCACAGGGGGGGGCGUGGCCCCGUCCCCCACGGAUCUGGCGGGCGUGGGGAGCGACACGAGCCUGACAGUGUUCACGUAUGAGGAGCUGCGCGCGGCCACGGGGAAGUUCCGCGCGGACGCGCGCCUGGGGGAGGGCGGGUUUGGUGCAGUGUACCGCGGGAGGGUGAGGCCGAGGCCGGGGUGUGAGCCCAUAGACGUGGCUGUGAAGACACUCAACCAAGAGGGCCUGCAGGGCCACCAGGAAUGGCUGGCGGAGGUGCGGUUUCUGGGGGAGCUGCACCAUCCGCAGCUGGUGAAGCUGGUGGGGUUCUGUGCGGAGGCGGAGCAGCGCCUGCUCGUCUACGAGUUCAUGUGCCGCGGCAGCCUCGACACCUACCUCUUCCGCCGGAAGAUCCAGCCAAUGCCAUGGGCAGUGCGCAUGCGUGUGGCGUUGGAUGCAGCGCGGGGCCUGGCGUACCUGCACGAGGAGGCGGAGUGGCAGGUCAUCUACCGCGACUUCAAGACCUCCAACAUCCUCCUCGACCAGGACUUCAAUGCAAAGCUGUCGGAUUUUGGGCUGGCCAAGGAUGGUCCCGAGGGUGACAAGUCACACGUGUCCACACGCGUCAUGGGCACCUAUGGCUACGCCGCCCCUGAAUAUGUCAUGACAGGCCACCUAACAGCAAAGAGUGACGUGUACAGCUUCGGCGUGGUGCUGCUGGAGAUGAUAACAGGGAGGCGGUCCAUGAACAAGUCACUGCCGCCCGAGGAGCAGAGUCUGGUGGACUGGGCCAAGAAGUUCUAUACCGACCGCCGCCAUCUCUAUAAGCUCGUCGACCCGCGCCUCGAAGGCGCCUACUCCAUCCGCGGCGCGCAGAAGGCGGCCAUUCUCGCGCAGAACUGCCUGCACCGGGAUCCCAAGGCGCGCCCGCUCAUGAGCGACGUGGUGAAGACGCUCGUGGUGCUGCAGAAGUACGAUGACGUGGCAGCUGCAGGGGACUCCGGUGCUGCUGGCGCUGCUGCUGCCGCCGCCGCUGUUUCUUCAGCAAGCAGUGCUGCAAAUGGCGUGUAG